UAUAUUUUCCUCCCCUUAGCAAUUUGGUGGAAUAUGAAAAUCACUGCAACAAUAUUGAAAACUUCAGUGAUAGCUCUGAUGUCAUGUACAUCAUGGGAGAUUACAACCUGCCCCAUCUUCAGAUGUUGGAUGAAACCAACCUCCAUGAUAGUGGUAUUGGUAGACGGAAUGCCUCCGGUGAUUCUUCUUGUUAGCUCCAUGCUGAUUUCUAACUGCACUCAAAUAAACUCGAUAAAAAAUUGUAACAAUGUUUUACUAGAUCUUGUAUUUACCAAUAAUUCUAAUUUUACUAAAGUAAAUUGUGCUAAUGAUAUGCUUCUGCCAUGUGACAAACAUCACCAAGCAUUUGUUGUAAGUAUACAAAAUAUUAGCUCUUAUAAACCUUUGCAAUUUGAAGAACAAAUCUAA